UAAUGCAUUCAAAAGGACUAAUAUCAUACUGCAACAUUUGCGAAUGUCCAGGCACACAGAUGCAGCAGGAGACGUACUAUUGGAAAAAAAAGGUUGUGCAGGAGUGAUAACCUUAAACAGACCAAAGUUCCUAAAUGCUGUGACUUUUAAUAUGAUUCGGCAGAUUUAUCCACAGCUAAAGAAGUGGGAACAAGAUCCUGAAACUUUCCUGAUCAUUAUAAAGGGAGCUGGAGAAAAGGCUUUCUGUGCUGGGGGUGAUAUCAGAGAGGUCUCAGAAGCUGGAAAGACAAACCAGAAGACAAGUCAAGAUUUCUUCAGAGAAGAAUAUACACUGAACAAUGCCAUUGAUUCUUGCAAGAAACCUUAUAUUGCACUUAUUCAUGGAAUUACAAUGGGUGGGGGAGUUGGUCUUUCUGUUCAUGGGCAGUUCCGAGUGGCUACGGAAAAGUCUGUUUUUGCAAUGCCAGAAACAGCAAUAGGACUAUUCCCUGAUGUGGGUGGAGGUUAUUUCUUGCCAAGACUUCAAGGAAAACUUGGUUACUUCCUUGCUUUAACAGGAUUCCGACUAAAAGGAAGAGAUGUGUACAGAACAGGAAUUGCUACACACUUUGUAGAUUCUGAAAAGUUGAGCAUGUUGGAGGAAGAUUUGUUAGCCUUGAAAUCUCCUUCAAAAGAAAACAUUGCAGCUCUCUUAGAAACUUACCAUACAGAGUCCAAGAUUGAUCAAGACAAGCCUUUUGUACUUGAGGACCACAUGGACAAAAUAAACAGUUGUUUUUCAGCCAAUACUGUGGAACAGAUUAUUGAAAACUUACGGCAAGAUGGUUCAUCUUUUGCCCUAGAGCAGUUGAAGGUAAUAUUUGGAUCCUUUCUGCCCUAA